AAAAGCAAAUCAAAAACCUUUGCCUGACUACUCCACAAAUCAGACGAUCUAAAGUAAACCCUAUGGCCCCGUCGAACGACGGCACGGCAGCUUCUCCGGCGUCCACCUGAGCUUUGAAUUGGAGAACGGGGAGUCCGUCGUUGGCGAGCGGAUAGAAGUGCGAUAUCCUCCAACGCAAGUCCAAAAGGGAUUUUCAUCUCCGGGUUUCGUGGAUUCUCGUGUGUAUGUGGUAAUUGGUCUGUGGAUUGAUCUGCGGAGGUUCCAGUUCGAGAUGGGCCUCCUGGAAGGCGUAUAAGGAACUCGGCGAAACCUCAGUGGGCUCGACUGCCUGAUGGUCUACUCCGCUGACUGAUGUCUUUACAUGGCUCUCUCUUUCAUUUGGAAUCUGCAAAAUUUCUGGCCCUUCUCGAGGAGGAAGCUUGAUGGACUGAAAGUCUCGGAUGACUUGGUCCGGAAGCUUCCAAUCCCUGACCAUACGAAGCAAUUCGUGUUUGCUAUUCGGGAGCCGGAAUCCCAGUCUGUGGUUUACAUUCUCUCUGCCCAGAGCUUGUCGGAGCGGUCUGCUUCAGACGCAGAGUGCUUGAUCAAGUCCCUCCGGCCUGAUGCUGUCGUGGCGCAGGUGGGCCAUGUGGGUGCAAACGAGGUCGAGGCUGAGGAGCACGGAUUUGAUGACCAAGUUUAUGAUCCUGUGCCCACUUCGGCAUUUGCUGUCCUCAAGCGAUGUUUCGUGGAUAAAGUCAAUAAAGAGAAGUACGAGAGUGCUGCUGGGAACUUUGUUCUCCGAGAGAUUUUUGGGAUCAGCUUUCAUGGGAAUUUCUUCGCGGCCAAGAAGGCUGCGGAGGAGGUUGGCUCCUCAUUCCUGAUGUUGCAGUCUCCUUUUGUUAAGUAUUCGAUGGAGGAUGCCUCAUCUGGUGAAAUUGAUGGAGGGAACAGUUUCGGAGGUUUGAUCAGUAGCUUGGCUCCUCAGAGAGUGGGUUCCAUGGUUUCGUCCAGCUUGAGGAGGUUUUCUCUUACUGAUGUUCAGGCUCAGAUGGUUAAGAUUGUGUCCUCUUAUAUGAACAUAUCAGCAUUAGAUACAAAUUCUGGUUCAAAUUUGGGAUCUGUAGCAGUUCUCCCAGAAUCAGGCUAUGAGCCUCCACCCUUUGCGCAAUCCAUAUACCCUCUGCUUGAGGAUCUGCAUAGUCUUUUCAAAGACAUCCCGUGUAUGGGAAGGGCUCUGGCCCAUGCACAGAAGAUGCUGUUCCAUGUAAAUAGAGGAGAAGUUGUGGAUUCUCGAGUAGUAUCUGAAGUUUGUUCUUUUAGGGUUGCAGUUGAGGGGCUGCGAAUUGCCUUGAAUAGCACUGGUCGCCUGCCUUCAAUCAAAAUAGGCAGUUCCGGUAUAUCAGAGAAAGUCGAGUUUUCAGAGCUUCCAUUCGAGGACAAGGCACAAGUUCUUUUCGCGCAGGCCCUCAGAGGCCAAGCAAGGAAGUUUAAGACUACUGUGGCAGUUGUGGAUGCUAGUGCCUUAGCGGGUCUCAGGAAACACUGGAAUACACCUGUUCCAAAGGAAGUCAAGGACUUGGUCGGACAAAUAGUCAUGAGCGCCGAAGAUGAUGGGGAAAGCUUGAGCCACAAGAAACAGUUACUAUAUAGUUCGCCUGUGGUGGCAGUUGGUGCUGGGGCCACGGCUGCCUUUGGAGUAUCGUCCUUGUCAAAAGUUGUCCCAGCAUCCACCUAUCUGAAAUUCAUGACCUUCAACUUCUCUGCCCCAUUGAAGAUCUUCUUCUCCCAGACACACAAGGUGAUUACCUUGGCCCUUGGGAAAUCCAUAGGCCCGUCAAAGUUGGCUGCCCCAGGCCUUGCCAGCUCAGUGGGCAAGUCCUCGGCCUUGAAGGCGGUGCUAUCUGCGGAGAAGAUCAGGGCAGUUACCCAUGGCGUCAUUGCUUCAGCUGAGAAAACUAGCAUCUCUGCCAUGAGAACGUCCUUCUACCAGAUAAUGAGAAAACGUCAGGCCCGGCCUAUCAGGGCCCUUCCCUGGGCGACAUUCGGAUGCAGUUUUGUGACUUGCGCAGGCUUGCUUGUGUAUGGAGAUGGGAUAGAAUGUGCCGCUGAAUCACUUCCCUCAGCCCCCUCGAUUGCGAGCUUGGGGCGUGGGAUACAGAGCCUGCAUAAGGCUUCCCAGGCCGUGAGGCAGACAGAAAGUGGAAGGAUACAGAAGUCGAUUGAAUCUCUCAUGUAUAGACUGAAGAAAGUUAAAAUUCAAUAAGGAUUCUUGUUCUCUCUUCUUUAAUAACUGUUGA